AACGCGAGUAGUGGGAGAAGAGAACCGAAGAGGAAGGAGAACCUAAAGAAAACAGCUGACUUGAAUAAAGGGACACUUGCUCCGAAAGAUCUUGGAAUAGAAAAACGUCGAUCGUGUGUGCAAAAACACAUUGUAAAGACUUUCGUAGGGUUUUCUAUUCCACCUGUCUCUCGAUGCGCCUGGACGAGAAGCACCGUUUGUAGCCUCGAACAAAUUCCACAAGGCUGGGACGAAGCACGAAGCCGGUUCGUUCAACUCUAGUUCAACCGACACGUUGCCGCUUCACGUGGCACACGCGCGCGUUGUGCGAGUGUACAUAGGAGGAAGACAGGUCGAUAACCGUCGUGUCUAAUUCCGCAGAACGCGAGAGAAGAGAACGGAGUAGCGAGAGUAGCGUAGUCGAUUGAUUAAGUCGACUUUGGUAGACGAAUGAGUACCAAGUAGUGGCACAAAUAUCGCGAGUCUUACCUGUCGUCAUGAUUCGUUCGAGCCUCGUGUUUGUCCUCGUUAUCGCCGCUUCGCACGUUACCAUUGCUGAUGACUGCAAAGGAUGCGUGCCCUUGGACUCGUAUUCGUUUGACAAGGUUAUCCCCAAGUUUAAGGCGGUACUCGUGAAAUUCGACGUCGCAUUUCCGUACGGCGGCAAGCACGAGCAGUACGCGACGGUAGCGGCCGACACCAGGGACUCGCAGGAUCUCCUGAUAGCCACAGUGGGCGUCAAGGACUUUGGCAAUAAGGACAACUCCGAUCUGGCGCAACGUUACAGCAUCAAGAAGGACGACUUCCCGGUAGUUUUACUAUUCGUACAAGGCAAAUCGGAGCCGCUCAGAUUCACUCCCGAGAAGGAUUCCGAUUUUACGGGCGAAUACUUGAAGCGAUUUGUCAGGUCUAAAUCGAGAGUGUACUUGGGCCUACCAGGAUGCGUGGAACGUUUGGAUAAGCUGGCCGAAGAGUUCAAAGCCGCGGGAGAACAGGACAGGCAGGAGAUACUGAAGAAAGCAAGAAUCUUUGAGGGGACUUUACCGGAGGAGCAACGAGAGGCGGCAAAAAUUUAUGUCAAGACUAUGGAGAAGAUCCUCGAGCGGGGAGAUGUGUUCGUACAGACGGAAGAAACACGAGUGCAGGGACUUCUUUACAGAGGAAAACUGUCCGAUCAAAAGAAGCGUACGAUGGAAGAAAGACGAAACAUCUUGCAAUCUUUCUCAGCGAGGGAUGAGCUGUAAAGGACUUGUCUAACAAUAAGUAACAAACACCUAGCGACCAAGUUUUCGUGUGUCGAGUUGUUGCGCUACUUUGGACCACUUUAUCCAUUGUAUGUACAAACCGAUCAAGUGGCAACUGUGCAAGGUACACUCGGACAUUCCAUUUGAUCCUUUCAUGACCGUUCGCGAGUCGUUCAUUUCAUUUCAAUUUUCCGUCGAUCUUUUGUUAAUAAGCAAUAGCUUCUGAAAAUGCCACGUGAUCAUGAAAGGGUUAAAAGAUCCACUCCGCGUUACUUUAAUUAUUUUGCAUUCCUUAGUUUAUUCCUCUGUAACCAAGUAUCUCUUGCUUUUCGUGUUCUACAAACGCGAAAUGUAACAUCAUUUCCCUUAAACGCUUUAUCGUUUCAUUUCUCUAUACAAUACGAAGCAAAUCAGGCGAUAAAUAUAAAAAAAAUAUAUAUAUAAUUCUCAUAUCCAAGACUAUUUGUCCAUUUGUCGAAUCGGUCAUUCGAUACAUUUACUGCUCUUGUGAGUGUCCGACAACGGAAUAGAGUCUCGUUGGGAGCCAAACUGAUCUCUAUUCCUCCCGACACCAUACAGUGGAUCCGUCGAGUGGAAAACAGCCGAUCAAGCCUGUCCAUUUCUUUUGUUUUAUAAAUCAUUGUUGGAUCAUAUAAUAAUUUAGAAAUUAUUAUAUAUUUCUCCAAUCUUACCAACAGGAUCCAACCGACAGACUGGGAAUGUGUUAAGUAAAACUAUUAUCAAUUACGCACAAUAGCAGUAAACAAUUGAUUAAACAUAUUCUCUAAGAAAACGGAAGGCUAACAGGUUGUGGAGUGAGACGUUACAUCGUAAACAUCGUAAAGGUGGAUUAAUUUUAUAUCGACUGUAUCGCUCUUUCAACACACUAUUCAUUCUUCUUGAUCAUGGGAAACAUAGUGCGCGGUCAACUAUAAAAAAAAAGUUUGAUAACGCAUCUUUGUGAAAUAAUGAAGAAAUAAAAUGCGGGAGGCUUUGCGUUCGUA